CCUUACACAAGGUAAACAAACGGAUGGUUGACGUCAUAUAACUUAACACACACUGCCUGAUUAUUAUUAAUCAUGGAAAGAGUAAGUCGAACACUGCUCACUGCUUUGCUGGGUCAUCGCAGGACUAUAUGUUCCCUAAUACACAGACUACCCAACAUAGUCACUUGCAGUGCACAGUCACAGAAAAAUAUUAUGUGUGCACCUUUAAGAAGAAAUCUUAUUGAAAGGUCUUCACAUACAUUGAGCGCUGUAGCAUGGAAAACCCUCAACCGUGAAUUUAUUGCUGUUACUAAGCUUUUGGAAAGGUCUGGGGUGCCCCGAUCAGAGCAGAUGGCACUGUUACAACGCAGUUUUCACACCUCUGCCUCUCAGUUCAAUCAGCCUGGCCGAGGUGGGCCAGCUGGAGGAAGUGGAGGUCCAUCUCAGGGCAGUAAUGGUGGUAAUGAUAAUAAGAAAAAUGAUAAUGAUGAAAGGAAAGGUAUGUUAGCCAAGGCAGCCCUGUGGAUGUUGACAGCAUAUAUGUUUAUUGCCAUCAUCUCCCUCCUCUUCCCCAGCAGUAACCAACCUGAGAUGGCACGUUAUGUCUCAUGGAAUGAGUUUGUCCAUCACAUGCUGGACAAAGGAGAAGUGGAAGAAGUAAUUGUGCGCCCAGAUUUAGACAUUGUUACCAUUAUCCUCCAUGAGGGGGCAGUCAUCAAAGGCAAAAAGAUGGAACAGAGAACUUUCCACAUGAACAUAGUUGAUCUUCAGCACUUUGAAGACCGUUUACGUGAAGCUGAAGCCAAAUUAGGAAUUCGGCCAGAUCAAGGAAUACCAGUAGUGUAUGAGAGAAGUGGAGAUACAGCAGGUAGACUUCUAGCAUCUAUCAUUGUUGUGGCUAUUAUUGUCUCACUUCUCUCAAGGAACAUGAAUAUCAAGGGACCACUCAGCAUCGAGGGAAUGUCUCAGAUGACACGAGCAAAGUUCACAAUCAUUGACCCUCUUAUGCCUGGGUCUGGACGAGGAGUCAAGUUUUCUGAUGUUGCUGGAUCAAAGGAAGCCAAGCAAGAGGUUAUGGAAUUUGUUGACUUUUUGAAGAAUCCAGAUAAAUAUAGGUCUCUUGGAGCAAAGGUUCCAAAGGGUGCUCUCUUGUUGGGUCCUCCUGGCUGUGGUAAGACUUUACUGGCAAAAGCUGUGGCUACGGAGGGUCGGGUGCCAUUCCUAGCCAUGAAUGGAUCAGAGUUUACUGAAAUGAUUGGUGGUCUUGGUGCUGCAAGAGUAAGAGACCUUUUCAAAGAAGCAAGAAAACGGGCUCCAUGUAUUGUUUACAUUGAUGAGCUUGAUGCAAUUGGUCGCCAGCGCUCCAGUAAUGUCAGUGGGUUUGAUGGUGGGUCAGGUGAAUCUGAACAAACAUUGAAUCAGCUUUUGGUGGAGAUGGAUGGUAUUGGUUCAAAAGAAGGAGUUGUCCUUUUAUCUUCAACAAACCGUCUUGAUAUACUUGAUAAAGCACUACUACGGCCUGGAAGAUUUGACCGCCACAUCUUGAUGGAUCUUCCAAAUAUGGAAGAACGCCGUGAAGUUUUUGAACAUCACCUGAAGAGCAUAGUUUUGGAGAAACCAUCGACUUACUAUUCUCGACGAAUGGCUUCUCUUACUCUAGGAUUCAGUGGUGCUGAUAUAGCCAAUGUUGUCAAUGAGGCAGCACUACAUGCUGCCAGAUAUGGCAAGAAGAUGGUAACAGCCCUUGAUUUGGAGUAUGCAGUUGAACGUGUAGUUGGUGGAACUGAAAAGAGAUCUCAGGCACUAUCUCCAGAGGACAGGAGAGUUGUUGCUUUUCAUGAGUCUGGCCAUGCCUUGCUUGGCUGGUUGCUUGAACACACAGACUCACUGCUCAAGGUCACCAUUGUCCCAAGAACUAAUCAGGCACUUGGAUUUGCUCAAUAUAUACCAAAGGAUCAAAAGCUCUACACUCAGCAACAGAUAUUUGAGAGGAUGUGCAUGGCUCUUGGAGGUCGUGUUGCAGAAUCUUUGGUAUUUAAUCGAGUAACUACAGGUGCACAAAAUGAUCUUGAAAAGGUCACCAAAAUGGCAUAUGCCCAGAUACGAUCAUUUGGGUUCAGUGAAUUAGUUGGUCAGGUGUCCUUCCCUGAAGAAGAAACUAGGGAAGUUGGGCGACGGCCAUUCUCUCAAAAGUUAGCAGCAAGUAUUGAUGAAGAAGCUUCCCGGCUAAUAUUUGAUGCAUAUAAAAAAACAGAAGAAGUCCUGAAGGCAAAUAUGGAUAAAUUAAGACUGCUGGCCGAGGCUUUGCUGCAGAAGGAGACCCUAAACUAUGACGACGUUGAAGCAAUACUUGGUCCACCUCCAUUUGCCAAUAAAGUAGCUAUAGAACCAAUACAGUUUGAGGGGGAAAUCAAUACUUGGAAAGAAGCUGGUAAACAAAGUUGAGGUGUCUAAAUUAUACAUUCUUUAGUUCAUUUAUAUCGACAAUAUAACCUCUGUCAUAUAUUUUUUUGUGUGAUCUUUGUUUUUGUAUAUAAAUAAAUAAUAAAUCGUAAAUAAUGUU